CUCCAACCACACCAAAACAACUCGCAUCCGUUUCGUUCAAGUCCCCCCCCGAAAAGAGCUUAGUAGAAGCGCGCCACAGAGCCUUCUCGACCUGGCUCUCCUCUAGCCACCUCUGCUUCUUCUUCUUCUUCUUCUUCUUCUUCGUCUGAUCGCCACCGAGGCUAAAGCCACCAGGAGGAGCAGGUUGAUAGCUCGGCAGGCAAGAUGGUGCUCUCCAAGGCCGUCUCCGAGAGUGACAUGUCCGUGCACUCCACCUUCGCCUCCCGCUACGUCCGCGCCUCCCUCCCAAGGUACCGGAUGCCGGAGAACUCGAUCCCGAAGGAGGCGGCGUACCAGAUCAUCAACGACGAGCUGAUGCUGGACGGCAACCCGCGGCUGAACCUGGCGUCGUUCGUCACCACGUGGAUGGAGCCCGAGUGCGACAAGCUCAUCAUGGCCGCCAUCAACAAGAACUACGUCGACAUGGACGAGUACCCCGUCACCACCGAGCUCCAGAACCGGUGCGUGAACAUGAUCGCGCACCUGUUCCACGCGCCGCUCGGGGAGGACGAGACGGCGGUGGGCGUGGGCACGGUGGGUUCGUCGGAGGCCAUCAUGCUGGCCGGGCUGGCCUUCAAGCGGCGGUGGCAGAACAAGCGCAAGGCCGAGGGGAAGCCGUUCGACAAGCCCAACAUCAUCACCGGCGCCAACGUGCAGGUGUGCUGGGAGAAGUUCGCCCGCUACUUCGAGGUGGAGCUCAAGGAGGUGAAGCUCCGCGACGGCUACUACGUCAUGGACCCCGAGAAGGCCGUCGACAUGGUCAACGAGAACACCAUCUGCGUCGCCGCCAUCCUCGGCUCCACCCUCAACGGCGAGUUCGAGGACGUCAAGCUACUCAACGACCUCCUCGACAAGAAGAACAAGGAGACUGGGUGGGAGACGCCGAUCCACGUGGACGCGGCGAGCGGCGGGUUCAUCGCGCCGUUCCUGUACCCGGAGCUGGAGUGGGACUUCCGGCUGCCGUGGGUGAAGAGCAUCAACGUGAGCGGUCACAAGUACGGGCUCGUCUACGCCGGCAUCGGCUGGUGCAUCUGGCGCAACAAGGAGGACCUGCCCGAGGAGCUCAUCUUCCACAUCAACUACCUCGGCACCGACCAGCCAACCUUCACCCUCAACUUCUCCAAGGGCUCCAGCCAGGUCAUCGCCCAGUACUACCAGCUCAUCCGCCACGGCUUCGAGGGGUACAGGAACAUCAUGGAGAACUGCCACGAGAACGCGAUGGUGCUGAAGGAAGGGCUGGUGAAGACGGGGAGGUUCGACAUCGUGUCCAAGGACGAAGGGGUGCCGCUGGUGGCGUUCUCGCUCAAGGACCGGAGCCGGCACGACGAGUUCGAGAUCUCCGACAUGCUGCGCCGCUUCGGCUGGAUCGUGCCGGCGUACACCAUGCCGCCCGACGCCCAGCACGUCACGGUGCUCCGCGUGGUCAUCCGGGAGGAGUUCAGCCGCACCCUCGCCGAGCGCCUCGUCCUCGACAUCGAGAAGGUGAUGUACCAGCUCGACGCGCUCCCCUCCAGGCUCAUGCCCCCCGUGCCGCCGGCGCCGCUGCUGGUGGUCGCCAAGAAGUCGGAGCUCGAGACGCAGCGGUCGGUGACGGAGGCGUGGAAGAAGUUCGUGCUCGCCAAGAGGACCAACGGCGUCUGCUAGUCUCAAUUAGCGACAGCGCCACGGCCUACAAAUCCACAAAUCAAGACGCUGCUGAUUGAUAUGAUUAAUUACAUUCAUGGUGUGAGCUACCAUUACUGUAUUUUUUUUUUACCGUGCUAAUUUGAGUGGAGCCUUCGAUUCUAGGUCCAAGGUACUAGUAGAGUUCAUAACCAAAAGCCAUGCUCUUGCUUUUGUUUCUCCUUCUGAUAAUCUGUGCAGCUGCGCUGCAGCCUGCACUCAUCUCCCGAGAGUUGUAAGUUGAAACUGUACGAUUUUGAUGUUCCCUGUUCUAGUGUAAGUGCCAAUUAUUGAGUGGUAUGGAAAAUAUUUCUUCAAGAAACCAA